GCAGAGUUUGUUUACGUUGCUCUCAGACCUAGCGGCGGCUUUCUCCAGUUCAGCCUCCAAGAUGGGGAAGUCCUUCGCCAAUUUCAUGUGCAAGAAGGACUUUCAUCCCGCCUCCAAAUCCAACAUCAAGAAAGUAUGGAUGGCAGAACAAAAAAUAUCAUAUGAUAAGAAAAAACAAGAAGAAUUAAUGCAACAAUAUCUUAAAGAACAAGAAUCAUAUGAUAAUAGAUUGCUUAUGGGAGAUGAACGUGUAAAGAAUGGCCUUAAUUUCAUGUACGAGGCCCCACCAGGAGCUAAAAAAGAAAAUAAAGAGAAAGAAGAAACAGAAGGAGAGACUGAAUACAAAUUUGAAUGGCAGAAAGGAGCGCCACGAGAAAAAUAUGCCAAAGAUGACAUGAACAUCCGAGAUCAGCCCUUUGGUAUUCAGGUUCGAAAUGUGAGGUGCAUUAAAUGUCACAAAUGGGGUCAUGUCAACACAGAUAGAGAAUGUCCUUUGUUUGGUCUUUCUGGAAUCAAUGCAAGUUCAGUUCCCACUGAUGGCUCAGGCCCAUCGAUGCACCCCUCGGAGCUAAUAGCGGAGAUGAGAAACAGUGGGUUUGCACUGAAACGAAAUGUACUGGGGAGAAACUUGACCGCAAAUGAUCCAUCACAGGAAUACGUUGCAAGUGAGGGUGAAGAAGAUCCAGAAGUCGAAUUUUUAAAGUCACUAACAACCAAACAAAAACAGAAACUUCUCAGGCUUGGGAAGACCUAUCUUGCUGUGCUUCGGUGAGACCGCUCCUGAUAGUGAAUCAGAUCAGUCUCCGCUGCUGGGAGCACAGCGCUUUCCGGUUUUAAUCACCAGCCAUUUACUACGCUUUAGCAUUGAUGCUCAAAUGUUUCCAAAAUCCACCUGAGCCAUUUCACUCGCCUCCUUACCUAGUGACCACUGGGCCCAGAAGCUGUUGGAAGGUGCGUCCUCCACACCCUGUGCUUAAGAUCAGAAGAAAGCUGCAUUGCAGCUUCAGUAGCUGAAGGAUAUCUAGAAAUCUUACUUAGGCUUUCUGAAAAGGAAACUGGUAGUUACCACGUCUUGAAAAGAGAUAAAGGCAUGCACUAACUGAAGGUCCUGAGACUGUUUAUUGGAUCAAAAAGGAGAAAUCCUUUUAAAGAGUUGUGAGAAACAAAUAAGAUGACCCAAAAAAGGUAAAUGUCACCUCUCGCCAGCAAUCUGCAACUCUAAGAUUUGGGAGAUCCGCUGACAGCUGAGAGCUCCUGAUGAGGUCCCUAAGGCCGGUCCUGCUGACAGAAAGGAAACGUACUCAUCACCUCCCCUCUUCCUCCUCCCUUCAUGCCACACUCACCACCACCCUCAGAAUGUAACAGUAAUAAUGAAGCCAGCUGCCCGACGAAACGCAGGCGCUGCCAUUAGUGUCAUGGAAGGGCACGCACAUUCUGGCCCAAACUGCCCGUGAGCCAGUUUCUUUGACCCCGUGGGCAGAAGUGGAGGUCUGGGGGCUCGGUCGCUGGCCAAAGCGACGCUUCUAAGGACCUCGCCCUAAACCCAAAGGAAGCCAGAAAGGGGCUGCAGUAGGUGCUACAGUGAUUGAUUCCAUCCCCCGAGGCAAUGCCACCCCUUCGUACUACAGCUGCUUUCCUUCUCGACCGCGGUUGGAAACCUGAACGCACCUCAAAUCCAAAUGGAGAGGUUGAGAAUUAGGCUGCGCAUUCUUCUAAAAGACGCGCCCCAAGCGCAAGGCAGCCGCUGGAUCCCCCACCCGCAAAGUGUAAGGGUUUAGCUCACAGCAAGGGUUCCCUCGCGCCCCACGCCGGUGGCCUACCCAGAAGAAACUCCCGAGCCACCCGCCGGGCGCGGGCCACAGGCGCUGCGCCCAGGGGACCGACGCGCCCUGCCGGUUCCCGCCUAAGCUCGCUUGGCCUCCGGCGCGUUUCUCCCACGCAGGUCGGAGGGCGGACUCGCCUUUGGUAGUCAGGAAAUCGAGCGAAUUCCUCUCGUCGCUCAGGCUCCACAGGUGCAGAGGGCGCCUUAGGACGCCUCUGCUAAUCUCACCCCUGGAGCAAAAAGGAAAGUGUCAUCUCUCGCCAGCAAUCUGCAAGCAGAAAACGGCCUGGGGGAGACACCCUAUCCCUAUGCAUUGCUUUAUAUAUGAACUAUCCCGAAAUAGAUGUUUGCAAAACAAUGCAAAAUCUCUGUUAUGAAUUUCCAAAGAAAAAGUGCAAGGGUGUUGGAAAACCUAAAAAUUUGGGUUCUUUCCUGGAUUCCUGAGAACAGGCCCCGGAACAGGACCCACGGACAUUCUGAAACCUUCCCUUUAAAUGGAGUUGCAAACACACUGUAUAUAUUUAUAUCAGUAACAUAUAGGGAAGGCAUGUCUGUAUGUAUUUACCUCGUACAUAUUCCUAUAAACUCUUGAGUCUAGAAAGGGUGGGGGGUAAAUAACACUGAACGGUAAAAAUUAUGGAGAAGGGAUAAUAACUGAUUACUAAUUUGAAAGUAAAUAAACAGGUGACUUUUUCAGAUCAAAUUCCUCCUUGGAUCGUUACAAUAAAUAUCUCUGAAGGAA